UCCACCUUAGGCGAACGGCUCUCGUCACCGGGAGCUGCCAGCUGGGACGGAACAGCUGAUCGCGUAAACAGCUCUUAUUUCUGGUGCUCCAUUGACCUGUUUUAAGUGAUGUAGUUGUUGUUGUUGUUGAAGGCGUUGGUGCAUGUUGUGUGUGUAUGCAAUGCUUGGUGUGGCCCUCAUAAGACAGACAUGCAGAAGAGGAGCAGCAGUAAUCUCAGCACAUCGUGUAGGAUUCUUUCCUAGGAAGGCAUUCUGUUCUCGGCAGUUGUCUAUCUCUGCAGCCUCUCUCAGUACCAAAGGCCUUCCAGAUGUAAAUAAGAAGAUAGCAGGGGAUGUGGAAGAUUAUCAAAUUAUAUACAAGUUCCCAUAUAUUGUACUGGCUCGUGCAAUUUGCAGACUGAAAAUCUAUCAGACUGCAGUGUGUGGGUUUGCUGUGCCUGCAGUUGGCUAUUUGGCUUACAAUGGGGUCUUGGAUACCCAAGUAUUUGCUUCCACUGCUGCAGUAGGUGGACUUGCAUUUGUUAUGCUCUUUGUUAUGGGAGAAAUUUUCCGCAGAACAGUCGGUCAUAUUUAUUACAACGCCAGGAAAGAUAUUGUGAAAGUGUCUCACCUUUCCUUCUGGGGGAACCGUAAAGACAUUUUUAUCCCUGUGGAAGACCUAGUACCUAUAACAGACACUUCUGAUAUUCCAUCAGAUAUUUACGUGCAUUUGUUAAGGUUUUCAAAGCCCAAGGAUUCACUCUAUCUGUUCCUUAGAUUUGGAGGUAUCAGGGACACAGAAAAGUUUACUUAUGCAUUAGGGCUGCUAAAGCCAGAGGAUCAGCUUAGUGAACAAAGUAAGCUGGACUAAAAGAAUCCAUGUUGAUGCUGUGACUAGAUUGUACUGCAGCUUCAGAUUAUUUCUUUGAUUGUCAAAGCAAGCAAGAUAAAACAGCUAACCAUUUUUAACCAUUGUUAAGAUCAUUGUCAAAAACGCAGGAGCACAGCUGCCCCACAAAGCUACCAGGACUUUUUUAAUCAGGAAAGACUAACAAGAAGUGUAUUACCCAGCACAUAGAUAUAUCAAAGAUGGGCACAAUGCAUUUAGAUGACAGCUUCCAGUUUCUAGUUGAUCAAGAUGAAGUCAAUUUCAAAGUUGUACAGCAGUUGAACUCUGUCUUUGGAAAUGACUUAAAGUGUCUAGAAAAGGCAUGUGGCUUGGUUAAAGAACUGACCAGGACGAAAGAGGAGCUGGAGAGAAGGUUGCGCUUUGCAACAACUGAAGCACCGGACAAAAUCACAAAGGCUGUGAAAGCUGCUGAUGAAGCACUGAAGAAGAAGGAGUUGAUGAUAAAGGAAUGUGAUCAACUGAAAUUAGAGGUAUUAAAGAUGCUAUUUUUAAAGAUUGUGUUCAAAGAGAUAGAAACCUCAUUACAUAUAGGGGCGGAAGGUCAGGCUCUGCUUGGUUAUAGUCGACUAAGAGAAAAAGCCAAGCUGAUUCAAGAAUCCACUUGCUCGAAUCUUGUUGCUUUUGUCACCAACACCCUCCUCCACUGGCAUCAAGUUUUCACUCAGAGGUUUACAAGUGAAUUUGAGGAUGUAUUGAAGGUAAUCAAAUGGCCUUUUACAAGUUCCAAUUCUACUGUGCACCAGACUCCAGCCUCACCAGAGUCCAUUCAGAGACUUUGUACUCUGACUCAGUAUCUUCUGCAAAUUACUCUCCCAGAAGAUAUAGCUAAAGAAAAUGCCAGGCAGCGUGACUUGUCCAUUAUGUCACCUGCCGUGGUAGCAGAUUUUGAACCUCCUUUGUUGCCUAUACAGCUCCUUGUGAGACCACUGGAGGUUCGCUUUUUCUACCACUUCAGUGGAAACAAAGUCACAAACAGUAGAGAAAAUCCUGAAUGGUACUUUACACAAGUUCUGAAGUGGAUUUCUGCCCAUGAGAGCUUUCUAAACACAAGAAUUCAGCAAGUUCUCAAUAGAUAUGGAUAUCAGAAUACUUCUGCUAAGGUGGAGUUUAUGAGGGGCCUGGUGCGCCUUUUGGUCCUGAAGUUGGCCUCUGAUCUUCCUGAAAUUCAGUAUGAUGAUGAUCUCUUCUGUAGCACUGUCCAGGAGACUCUCAACUUCGAACGGGAAAUAAGUGUGACUUAUUAUUAUCCUGCUUCCCAGCCGUCUGUUCUGUCAGUACUCACACAGGCCCAAAACUUUGCUCGUUGGAUACACAUUGAGAGGAAGUACGUCGCUGCUCCGCUGACGCGUCUCACCAGUCAGAAAGUGUCUUUUUCCUGGACUUCAGAAUGUCAGAAGGCUUUCGAGAGGCUGAAGCUGUUGCUUUCCAGCGACCCCGUGUUGGCAGCUCCAGAUUUCCAGAGACCCUUCAUCCUGCAGACAGAUGCCAGUGACAUAGCUACCGGCGCCGUCCUCCUCCAAGAUGAUGACGAGGGUGUUCUACAUCCAGUAGCUUACCACUCAACCAAGCUCGCCAAGCAUCAGCUAGCAUACAGUACCAUCGAGAAGGAGUUACUCGGAAUCAUAACUGCAAUCAAGAAGUUCGAGUGUUAUCUGUAUGGUGGCGCUCAUCCUGUCCAGAUCUUCACGGACCACAAUCCGCUGACCUUCCUGGAGAAGAACAAGUACUCCAAUCAGCGACUAUUGAGAUGGUCGUUGUCCCUCCAGCCUUAUCAUCUUCAAGUGAAACACAUUAAAGGGCGUGACAACGUAAUUGCAGAUGCACUCUCCAGGCCAUAA